GAGCGGAAGGCAGAAGCGUGCUGUUAGCUGAACGGUGUGGGGCCCGUGAGUCCUAUGUCGGGCCCCUUUGAGGAGCGGAGCGGGGUGGUGCCCUGCGCGACUCCGUGGGGAUGCUGGUACCAAACUCUGGAAGAGGUCUUCAUCGAGGUGCAGGUCCCGCCGGGCACCCGGGCGAAGGACAUCCAGUGCAGCCUGCAGAGCCGGCACCUGGCGCUGGCCGUGCGCGGGCAGGAGGUGCUCAAGGGUAAACUCUUUGACUGCACAAUAGCUGAUGAAGGGACAUGGACGUUAGAAGACAGAAAAUUGAUACGUAUUGUUCUAAUGAAGACAAAUAGAGAUGCUGGAAAUUGUUGGACCUCUCUGUUAGAAAAUGAGUAUGCUGCUGAUCCUUGGGUACAGGACCAGAUGCAGAGGAAACUUACACUGGAGAGAUUCCAACGAGAGAAUCCUGGCUUUGACUUCAGUGGGGCAGAAAUUUCUGGGAACUACAGCAAAGGGGGACCAGACUUUUCCAAACUUGAAAAAUAAACUUUCAGCUGUGUUCCAAAGAACCAGAGAGAAAGUCUGUUUAAACUGAAGGAGUGGAAUAUGUCAUUGCUAAAAAGACUUCACCUGUCUACAGAAUGAAUAUCAAAUACUGUCUCCGUGGAUAGUUUAGAGGAUUCCUUUCAGUAGGAUCAAGACAAACAGCAGUUAGAGGCUCAUUUUUAAGUGUGCUAACUUUGAUAUUAAUGGAAAAUAUGCACACAUGAUAAAUGUACUUUAAAGGUGUCAUGACUGUUUUUAAGCCGUACGGAUUUGUGGAAAUAUUCCACAAUGAAGUGAAAUAGAGGCACAGUUAUAGAAUGUUACAUAAAUGUUAGCACUCAUCCUCUUGUGGAGAAUUAAUCCUACAGGCAAGCCACCUACCAUUAUCCUUAACUUUGAAAGACCUAUAUUUUCUAAAUUUUAAAAAUGUACUUUUGUAGCUCUCACUUGGUUAGCAGCCUUCUGAUGUGUUAGUAAAUUCAAUUUUAAAACGCAGUGGCAGAAACAAGAUUAUUACUCUUAGGUGCAGAAAAUAAGGUUUGACAUUUUAGUGUUGUGCCAAAUGUUGCUGAAGGACAAACAGCGUGGUAGCAGAAAGUCAAAAGGUUUAGGUUGAAGCCUGGGUUCUAGUACUUGUAGGUCUACUUACAGUAUAGUAAUUUAAUAUUCUUUGUGGGAGGAGAAGAGGUUUUGGUUUCUGAAAGGGUGGAAUACUUUGCCUGUAGGAUGCAAUUCUGUGUACUUAGAAGUUAAAACUCCUUUUAGAAUUUAAAAAACUGUUCCCAUGUGAGAGCUACCAUAUUGUACCUCUUCCUGACUAACACACUGAACAAAAUGUUGACUUACAUACCAUUGUGCAAGAAAAUAAAUGUGCAGUUAUGCAUUUCUAUUGUCCCUACUUAGUGUACAGUUUGAAUUUAAGAAAAUAUAAAUUUUAAUUACAGGUUUUGGCUUGUGCU